GAGGGAGGAGCAGCGUGAGUGUAGGCGGUGGCGCAUUCCAGACUUUGACAGCUACUGAGAGUCGGCGAGGCGAUGGAGUAGCGCGGACGCCGAUGUCCAGCAGAAAGCGCCUCACCAUCGCCGUGACGAAGUGCCCGGCGCCGACCGACCAGCCUAUUUUAAAAGUGGACCGGCGGGCGGCUUUGACAGCACAAUUUGCUUCUGAGUGGGAGGUGAAGGAAGUCGGAGGUGAUAUUCAUCCCCCCCCCACCCCACCCCACCAAGUGCCGAUCGCGGCACACAGAUGCAAUCAUGGAGAUUACAGAUGUAGAGGCCGGCGAACACAGGCGAGAGCGCUGGAAGCUACUCUCCAGCCUGAAGACCACGGUGGAGGGCCUGCUGUCCACCAACAACCCCAACGUGUGGUCCCGCUACGGCGGCCUGCAGCGGCUCCAUAAGGACUUCAACAACAUUCUGAGCCAUGGCCUCAAGCAGGAGCAGGUUUACAGUAAACAGAAGGAUUUCUGGCGGUUUGUUUGGUGCAUCCGUCAGGUCAGCCCCCACCUGGCUGUUCACGUCGAGCAGUUCAGCCAGCUGGAGCCGGUGCUGGGUAGCGGGGCCGUGGGCGUGGGGGAGGCGCACAAGGCAGAGCGCUGGCUGCUUCACAGUCUGCAGGUCCACUGUCUGUCCGGCCAGCUGCGGCCGCUGCUGAAAUGCGCCGCCAACACACGCAAGUUCUACAACGAUGAGGCCUUCCUAUUGAGCGAGCCCCAUGUGGCAGCCAUGUUCCAGUGCCUGGAGGCCGUGGAGCAGAAUGACCCCCGGCUGCUGGCCCUCGUGGACACGGGCAUGUUGUCGUCCCUAAGGGAGCCGCUGCCCGGCCUGCCAAAGAGUCACAGCCUCUGCAUGUUGCCUUUGGCCGGUGGGGGGGGGCUGGGGGGGCUACCACCACGGUGCCUCACUGUCUCCCAGUCGUCCCUGCAGGACGACCACGCAGGGUCCCUUCUGUCCGACGCUUCCUCUGGGGCGCCCUGGGCAUGCAGAUCUGGCCAGCGAGGACCUCCUGAUUGGACCAGCUCCCCACCAGAGCCCCAGAUCUCUGUGAUGGAGCCGGGCCCGACUCAGCCGGGAGACGUUACGGACUCGGCGGACGGGGACCUGGACGACGGACCCGAGUACCUGGCGAUAGGGAACCUCGGCCGGCGGAGGUGGCGGUGUGACUCUGCCGGCUCCGCCUCGGGCGUGGUGGGGGAGGGACCAGCGACCCGGUCUACCUCGGCCACCCUGGCCCCACCGCCGGUCCGCCGCUCCUCGUUCACGGAGGGCCAGGGGACAUCUGUCCGCAGCGGCCGGGGACACAGCCGGUCCCUUUCCGACACCGGGGUGGCCCUGAAGCACAGUCAAGGAGGGAGACACAGGAACAUCACCGUUAUAGUAGAGGAUCCUAUAGCAGAGUCGUCUUCCUCCUCGAAUGGACGUGCGGCGAAAGAGCGCGGCUCCUUCUCGGCCUCGAGCAGUGACGCCGGCACCCUUGGCUCCCUCUACAUGGAGUCCGAGGGCUCCCAGUACAGCGGCACUUCGGACAGCAUGUUCCGACGGCCCUCCAAAGGUCAGAGCCUCAUCAGCUACCUCUCAGAGCAGGACUUCGGCAGCUGCGCCGACCUUGAGAAGGAAAAUGCCCAUUUCAGCAUAUCGGAGUCGCUGAUCGCCGCCAUCGAGCUGAUGAAAUGUAACCUGCGCCGCCGGCCGCGGGCGGGGGAGGAGGAGGAGGAGGAGGAGGGCGACAGCGACUGCGAGAUCCAGCAGCUGAAGCAGAAGAUCCGUCUGCGCAGGCAGCAGAUCCGCAGCAAGCGCGACGUGCGGUCGCAGAGAGCCUUCACCUCCACGGACAGUGCCUCAGGCCACAGCUCCCAGAAUUCUGUGCACCUGUCUGAGUCCAACUCCAGCGAGGACGUCGAGGAGUGCGAGCUGAAAGAUGACAGCGAGGGCGGUUCCCUGCUGGUGGUGUCCCGGAACGGGCUUUCUCUGUCACUCGCCUCUCUAUUCUCAGACGCCGACGUCAGGCGGGGAGUGGCCUGCACCUCUGCCACCAGCAGCGGCAGAUCGUUCCUGAGCUCUGAGUCCAUUUCGCCCUCCCUCCUGCAGUCCAACUCGGCCGAGUCCGUGGCCAUGGGUUUGCUGCGUCAGUUCGAGGGGAUGCAGCUGCCGGCCGCCUCCGAAUUCGAAUGGCUGGUUCCGGAGCAUGAUGCCCCUCAGAAGCUGCUGCCCCUCCCCAAAUCCCUGCCCAUCUCUCCCGACGACGGGGAGCACGCUGACAUCUAUAAACUGCGGAUCCGGGUGCGAGGGAACCUGGAAUGGGCUCCUCCCAGGCCUCAAAUCAUCUUCAACAUCCACCCUGCGCCUAAGAGGAAGGUGGUAGUGGCCAGGCAGAACUACCGGUGCGCCGGCUGUGGGACCCGCGUCGACCCAGAUUUCAUUAAGAGGCUGCGCUACUGCGAGUACCUGGGCCGCUACUUCUGUCAGUGUUGCCACGACAACGCCCAAGCCGUGGUGCCCGGCCGGGUGCUGAAGAAGUGGGACUUCGGCAAGUACCCCGUCAGCAACUUCGCCAGGGACCUGCUGGGCAAGAUCGCCAACGACCCGCUCUUCAACCCCAACGACGUCAACGGCGGCCUCUACAAGAAGGUCAAGGCGCUUGAAAGCGUGCGGCUCCUGAGGCUGCAGCUGUCCCACAUGAAGGUUCUUCUGAAGACGUGCCGCUUCGCUACAAAGCUGCUGGAUCAGUUCGACGCCAUCCCCUGCCACCUGACCGAGGACCUGCACCUCUUCUCUCUCAACGACCUCAAGGGCGUCCGCAAAGGCGAGCUGGGCCCACGGCUGCAGGAGCUGCUCCGCCAGGGCACGGCGCACGUGGCGGACUGCGUGCUCUGCCAGGCUAAGGGCUUCGUCUGCGAGUUCUGCGGCAACGACCAGGACAUCAUCUUCCCCUUCGAGCUCAGCAAGUGCAGAGCAUGCGAAGAGUGCCACGCCUGCUACCACCGGGCCUGCUUCCGGGUCGGCCUGGGCUGCCCCCGGUGCCGGCGAUUCGCGGAGAGGAGGGAGAAGCUGGCCAGGCGGAACAUGGAGGACCAGGAGGACGAGGGCGGGGGAUAGGAGGCGUGAGGAGAGGAGGCGCGCAGAAGGAUGCUGGCGCGACGUGGACUCGUAGCCAUGCCGUGGGACGGCCCUCUACCCCUGGCCCUUUGACUCUAACCUUUAUCUUUCCAAACGGACACUCAGAAGUGCGCCCCCUAGCUGCAACAAGUUAUUUUUAACUGAUUUGUCUUGGCUUCUGGGGCCUUUCUCUGCCUGUGGUAGAAAUUACACAUCAAGAGGAACCUGCUCAAUAUUUUAGUAUUCCUGAAUUUUAAGAAAUAUAUAUAUAUAUAUAUAUAUAUAUAUAUAUUUAGAUGCAGUUUAUUCAGAUAUUAUAUAUUUGUCUGUAGAAAUGCUUUACCAACCUGAAAGUGUGAGGUUUGCUCUCACUGAAGGUUAUUGAUGUGCUGAGUGACCUUGAAGCCCAUGAUGA